AUGCAGAACAAUAAAUGUACGUCAACGGGCCUGUCUUUAGGUGUCGGUGAGGCUAUUGUCUCAGUCCUUGACACCAUCUGUCUCACUGGUCAAGACGCGAGUCGUCGCCCCCCCGUUAUGCAAGUCUUGGAGUACCCCUUUAUGGACAUAUACAUUCAACGCGCGUCCUGGUCUCCGAAUACAUCGACCACUGGAAUCACGACUGUGCCGCUGAAAAGGAACUCAGUUACCCCCAUCAGUUUGAAGAAGGGCAAUGGUUCACAUCCCUUCGACCGUGGUGAUCAUUACAUGAGAGAAGUAAACAUCAGAAAGGGGCGGUACGACUUGGACCUCCUCGACUCUCUGGGAGGAUACACAUUCAAGGCCAAGGAUUCCAUCGCACCUAUGCUUCAAACAGAACCUAAGAAUCGGCCAAAUGCCAAAGAGAUCCUGUAA